AACGGGUAACCCGACAUUCCAAAAACCAUCUCGUGAUUUGCUUAUGAACUCCGAUCAUCAAAUCCAAACGAUCCAACGAAGCACCUAAAAUCGCAAACAGUAAUCGAUACCAGAAGAGAGGAUAAACAUGAAUGUAAACUCAGUGGAUUCACUAGUGACCGAAAUCCAAGGGUUAUCAGGCAGUUCUCAGGAUUUAGCUCACUUAAACAACCGUUUGAAACAAUCAGAGGACGUAAUUCGAUCACAGGCCGCAACGUUUGCGACAUGUCUUACUCGAAUUGAUCCUUCGAUUCAUUCCCUAGGUUAUCUCUACAUUCUGGAAGCAUGUACAGCAGGUGCGGUUCCCGAAGCACAAGCAAACGAGCUAAUCAUAUCCGUUGUCAGAUUCAUCGAUGUGUGCAGUGUAGAGCAGAUCCUUUUGGUGCCUGACAAAUUUAUUUCUGUUUGUAAAAGACUACACGAACAAGUUAUGAAGCUUGGUGCCCCUAUGCGAGCUGUGGGUCCGCUACUGAUGGCUAUACGCAAGAUUCAAACCUCACCUGAGCAUUUAACUCCUUUACACCCAGAUUUUCUUCAAGUCUGUUUGUCAGCUAAGUGUUAUAAAGUUGGUUAUGGUGUUUUGGAGGAUGAUAUAUGUGAAGUUGAUCAACCAAGGGACUUUUUUCUGUACUGUUAUUACGGGGGGAUGAUUUGCAUAGGACAAAAAUGUUAUGCAAAAGCGUUGGAACUCUUCCACAACGUGGUAACUGCCCCUAUGUCUACUAUGAAUGCUAUAGCUGUCGAAGCGUACAAGAAAUACAUAUUGGUUUCACUCAUUCACCUUCGCCAGUUUUCCACCACCUUCCCUAAGUAUACGUCUUCAGUUGCUCAAAGGAAUCUAAAGAACUUCUCUCAGCCUUACAUUGAGUUGGCAAAUAGUUACAGCACUGGAAAUAUUUCAGAACUCAAAGCGUUUGUCGAAGCGAACCAGGAGAAGUUUGAGAAUGGAAACAAUCUUGGAUUGGUAAAACAGGUUGUGUCAUCAAUGUACAAGAGGAACAUACAAAGGUUGACCCAGACAUAUUUGACUUUAUCUCUUCAAGACAUUGCCAACACUGCAGAAAUUAGUACCCCAAAGGAAGCUGAAAUGCAUGUACUUCAAAUGAUUGAGGAUGGCGAAAUCUAUGCAGCUAUUAAUCAGAAGGAUGGAAUGGUUAGGUUCCUUGAGGAUCCCGAGCAAUAUAAAACGUGUGAGAUGAUUGAGCGUAUUGAUUCGUCAAUCCAAAGAAUCAUGAAACUGUCAAAGAAGCUGACAACAAUGGACGAAUCCAUGUCGUGUGAUCCUUUGUAUCUAUCCAAGGUUAGAGAACGACAAAGGUAUGACUUGCAUGAUUUUGAUGAUGUUCCUCAGAGGUUCAACUUAUGAGAGAUAUGCCUGAAUGCGGUUUAUAAGAGGAUGUAUACUAUCGGCUUAGUUCCAAUCUGAUAUCACAUUUUGUUUCAUUGAUUUGGACGGUUUAAAACAGAUGAUACGUUUUUUGAAAUUUUUUAAAGACUUUUGACCGUUUUUUUUUUUU